AUGGACGAGACGGGAGUCCUACUCAGUGUACUAAAUUCUCUCAAGGUUCUUGUAGGCAGUAACGACUUGAGAAAGCAUAGAGGUGCAGGCGUUCAGCGAACACUAAUCACAGCAAUUGAAUGUAUCUCUGCUGAUGGGAAAUGUCUCGACCCACUAAUUAUAUGGCCGGCUGUGGCGCAUCGGAGCACGUGGACAGUACAUCCUACGCCGGGAUGGCAUUUCGCAUGCUCAAAGACUGGGUAUACGAACUCAGAAAUCAGCCUCUACUGGAUCAAGAAUGUGUUUGAUCCUCAGACACGUGAGUGCGCGAAUGGUAGUCCUCGAGUGCUGAUCAGUGACGGUUUCGGUACUCACGAAUCGCUUGAAAUCCUGACUUACUGCUUCGAACACAACAUCAUCUUAGGUCGCCUGCCUUCACAUACCUCGCACAAGCUGCAGCCGUGCGAUAUCGGUGUGUUUGGACCUCUAAAGACAGCAUAUCGUGAGCAGGUUGAAUUAUUGUACCGUCAGGGAUCGAAUGCGAUAAGCAAGCAACACUUCACUCUCCUGUAUAGCCGCGCACGUCAGGUUGCUGUCACAUUACGAAACGUUCGCUCAGGUUGGGCAAAGGCUGGUCUUUUCCCAUUCAACCCCGACAGAGUUCUAGGUGAUAUGCCAAGGCCAGUGCUGGAGCCACCCUCUUCGCAUAGCGUCGUGCAAAGCGAAUCGAGAGUUGAUGACCUCAGCCUUCCACUUGAGACCCCUACCACUGCAACAUUCUUAAGCAAGCUACGAUGUCGAGUGGAAGGUAGCAUUAGUCCACUUGAUGAAGACUCUAAACUCUGUAUCCAGAAGUUGGCCAACGCAGCGGAGGGUGCUUUUGCUGAGCGUGCCCUCUUAUUAGACGAAAAUCGGGUGCUGUUCGAGCAAAACAACGAAAAGACAAUCAGACAAACGACGAAGACGACCGUUGUCGGUAAGGCUAAGAUCAUGCGAUACGAAGAUAUUGUGGAGGCGCAGAGCAAGCGCAAUGAAAGAGAGCUGAACAAAGCGAGAAAGAAAUCCGGGGAGAGUACGAAGAAGCCGGGUCGGUCACGCGGGAGCGAAGCGGAAGAGGCAGAGGCUCAGAUCGCAGCUAUGGGACUCUCAGACUACUGCUUAGUCCUGCAGCUGUGA